AUGUGGCAUAAAGGAAGAGUCCCGCAAAAUUUCAAGGGUGCCACAGUCGUGCAUCUCUGUAAACGGAAAGGGGACCGCCAACUCUGCAUCAACUACCGAGAUAUCUCCUUGCUGAACAUCGCCGGGAAGUUCUUCGCUCGCAUUCCCCUCAACCGCCCGAACAACCAUCUAAAAGAAGGUCUCCUGCUGGAAAGCCAGUGCGGCUUCCGUUGUCACUGUGGAGCCACGGACAUGGUCUUCGCCGCCCGACAACUGCCGAAGAAGUGCCAGGAGAUGCAGACCCACCUGUACUCUACGUUCGUGAAUCUGACGAAAGCUUUCGACACGGUAAAUCGUGACGGACUGUGGAAAAUAAUGCAGAAAGUUGUCUGCCCCGAACGAUUCUCUCAGAUGGAGCGCCAGCUCCAUGAUGGCAUGAUGGCGCGAGCCACAAACAGUGGGACUGUAUCAGAGGCAUUUGCAGUGACCAACGGCGCAAAGCAAAGCUGCGUCCUCGCGCCCACCUUCUCCAGUCUCAUGUUCUCUGCCAUGCCUAUGCACACCUAA